AUGGACUCAGAACAAGACAAAUUGGUCCCCGGUUCGACAGAGAGCCUGCCUGAAUCAGACGGGCAAAGCGAAGUGGCGGUGGACAAGGGAGAGCCCAUCAAUGUGGUCGAAUCCCCCGCGUCACUGGACGUUGAGUCUCAAGCGAGUGGCGAGCAAGAACACGCCGAAAAUGUAAUUUUGGAUUCAGGAUGCAGCGACCUGAAAACAACGGAAGAGAGCCCGGAGGCUAGUGCUACAUGUGAGGUCUCCAACGUUGUUACUACUAUCUCAUCCAACUGUAUUAGUGAUCCCUCUCCGAGUAAUCCAAAAGAGGCCACAGAGACGCCGACCGACUGCCAGACGGACGACAGUGAAUCAGUGGAGGAAAAUUCGCACAAGCCCAAAGUGCCCCGGGCGUACACUAACAGGAAACGGAGUGCCGACGACUCUGAACUCAAAGACCCCCUGCCGAAAAGAACGAAAGUCAUAUCCCCACUUCUAAUUUCUAAAAACGACGAAAAUAAAGGGGAAACCGAAGAAAUGGACACUAGCAACGUAUCGAGUUUGAUAACAAUAUUCGGUUCCAGUUUUUCUGGACUCUUGAGUAGUGAAGACGGAGCGCAGCCCGAUUCCGAGGUAGAGGACAGUGACUCAGGGCAAAUCUGUUGUGAUCAAAUGCUCAAAAACCUCAACCCUUGGAGUACUGCAAUUGUCGCUUUUUGA